AUGAACAGCAUCGAACACAAGAGCAACCAACCCCAGGGAGUGAUCAUGAGUUAUAGCCCGGAAAGGAUCUCCUCCUACCACCGCCGCCUCAAAGGCGGGCAGGCCUCAACCUCCUCCCUCGAGAUCCGCAUCUCCAGCCCCUCUCCAACUCGCAGGAGCAACCGGGGCCGAUCGGGCAAGGCCGUGUCUGUUUCUCGCAAGGCACCGAUGACUGUUGCCAUCAUGAGCAUGGAUGAGCUCGAUGCGGCGUCUGCGGAGAACCAGGCCUUCCUGAACACCCGCACCACCGAGAGGCAGGAGAUGAUCACCCUUAACGACCGUCUGGCCAAUUACAUCGAGAAGGUGCACUCCCUGGAGUCUCAGAACAGAAGUCUGGAGGCGGAGAUCGAAGCGCUGAACCGCGUCAACAAUCCCUCAGGCCUGCGCAUGCUCUACGAGGAACGACUGAGGGAGAUGAGGAGGGUGGCUGACCAGAUGAUGGCUCAGAGGGACCUGGCGGUUGCUGCUAAGGAUGCCAUGGGUGUCGAGGUGGAGAUGCUGAAGGACAGGUACAGUGAGGCUCUGGAGGCCCACAAGAGGUCUGAGGCGGAAAUCGAAGCUGUCCGCCCCGAUGUGGAUGCUGCUACUGCUGGCCGCAUCACCCUGGAGAAACAGCUGGAUAACCUGGAACACCAACGGGAGUUCCAGCAGAGGGUCCACAAGCAGGAAAUCGAGGAGCUAACUGCUCAGAUCUACAGCUGGGUGGCUAAGGGCGAUAUGGCGUUUGCUCUGCCCAACCUCGGCUCUGCACUCAAGUCCAUCCAGGCACAGUAUGACGGCAUGGCAGCCAAGAAGUUACAGGAAAUGGAUGCAUGGUACAAGACUCAAUUCCAGGACAUAUCGCAGACAACAACGAGACACAUGGAAUCUGUCUGGAGCUUCAGAGAGGAGAUCAGAGGGCUGAAGACAGAGAUUCGUAGUCAGGAGUGGGAGGUGGAUAGGCUGAGGACCAGGAGCGAGGUUCUGGAGGCAAAGCUGCGUGAUGCUACCGAACGUUACAGGAACGAGGAAGAGACUCUCCAGGCCAGAAUUGAGACUUUCAAUCAGGAGCUGAGUGCCAUCAAGAGCAAGAUCGCUGUGACGCUGAAGGAAUACCAGGACCUCCUGAAUGUUAAGAAGUCCUUGGAGAUGGAGAUCUCAACCUACAGGAAACUGGUCGAGGGUGAGGACAGCCGCAUGAACAGCAUGGUGAGCUUCUUACCCCUCAUGGGCAGCGCUGGCAUGAUGGCCAUAAUGGCAUAA